AUGAUCGAUAUGAUGAGCCAAUAUGUGCACUGGGAUAGAUUCCUGUACGACUUACCAAUAAUGGUCACUGAAAUCGGCAAACUGAUGUUGUUCUCGGACAAACAUGACUUCACACUGAACAAAGAUGGUGCCACCUAUCAGUACAUUCAGAGACAUGAAUCGUUCAGAGCAUUACCUGUACAGGUUGGCAGAAACGCCAUAAAUAUAGUGGAUUACAGUGCUUCGGGAUGUUUUCAGCUAGACAAGAAAUUGCACAGGAAUUGA